CGCAGCCGCAAGAUGCUGGCUGGACAAGUCCUGGUGGGCUGGCUCUCUUCCUCCUCCUUCGCGCUGAUGGUGCUGUUCGGCUCCCUCCGCCCCUCGGCCGCCUACUUCGGGCUGACAGGCAGUGAGCCCCUGACCAUCCUCCCACUGACCACAGAAAUGGAGGAGGCUGCCACAAAGGCCCACUACAAGGUAUGUGACCGGCUCAAGCUGGAGAAGAAGCAGAGACGCAUGUGCCGGCGGGAUCCGGGUGUGGCUGAGACGCUUAUGGAGGCCAUCAGCAUGAGUGCUCUCGAGUGUCAGUACCAGUUCCGAUUUGAGCGCUGGAACUGUACCCUGGAGGGUCGCUAUCGGGCCAGCCUGCUGAAGAGAGGUUUCAAGGAGACCGCCUUCCUCUAUGCCAUCUCCUCGGCUGGCCUGACCCACGCCCUGGCCAAGGCGUGCAGCGCCGGGCGCCUAGAACGCUGCACCUGUGACGAGGCGCCGGACCUGGAGAACCGGGAGGCCUGGCAGUGGGGGGGCUGUGGGGACAACCUCAAGUACAGCAACAAGUUUGUCAAAGAGUUCCUGGGGAAGAAGUCUAGCAAGGACCUGCGUGCCCGUGUGGACUUCCACAACAAUCUGGUGGGGAUGAAGGUAAUCAAGGCUGGCGUGGAGACCACCUGCAAAUGUCACGGGGUCUCGGGCUCGUGUACCGUGCGCACCUGCUGGCGCCAGCUCUCGCCAUUCCACGAGGUGGGCAAGCAACUGAAGCAGAAGUACGAGGCCUCCCUGAAGGUGGGGAGCACCACCAACGAGGCGACGGGCGAGGCUGGAGAUAUCCCGCCCCCACGAAGGGCCCUGGGUUCUUCUUCGUCUGGGCCCGGCACCGACCCUCUCCCGCGCACCCCGGACCUGGUGCACUUGGAUGACUCCCCCAGCUUCUGCCUGGCGAGCCGGUUCUCCCCGGGCACAGCGGGCCGCAAGUGCUACAAGGACAAGAACUGCGAGAGCAUGUGCUGUGGGCGUGGGCACAACACGCAGAGCCGGGUGGUGACGCGGCCCUGCCAGUGCCAAGUCCGCUGGUGCUGCUACGUGGAGUGCAAACAGUGCACCCAGAGGGAGGAGGUCUACACCUGCAAAGACUGACUGCCCGCCCGCCUUCUCCUCCCCCCGGGGGGCCGGGAUGGGAGGGGACAAGACUCGACUCUGCCUUCGGCCUCGAGACAGACACAAAGGGUUUGACGGGGCGGUCCUGGGCUUCAGAAGGCAAUUUUGAUGUUGUAAGCACUUUGGUGUGUGUGUGAGUGCGUGCGCGUGUGUGUGGGUAUGUGUGCGUGUGCGCGCGCAGGGGCUGGUGGGGCGACCUAGCUGGAUUGAUCUUCAAGCCCUUCCCUCUCUUCCCUCCCUCCCCUCUUCACCAACAUUUGACUCUGGGACCCCAGCUGCCAACUCAGUCUCAAUUGUUCUAACGGGGGUCUCUGUCCACCGCCUCCCUGUUCCGUGCAUUUUCUCCCACCUCUUAACUUGCUGACUAAGUUAAGAAGUCCAGGACGUUGGUGGGACUCCCUCCCCUAUUCCUGCGCUCUCUUCUCGCAGUCUUCUUUGGUCAGGGCUGAGGGAAAAGAGAGAGGAAGAGGAAGGAGUCUGGUAGGUGUCUCCCUUUUCUGGAGGGCAGGAUGGAAGAGGGCAGCCAAAGGUUCUUAUUGAAGCCAGUACUGCCCAAGGGACCUCAAGUGGCAAGGAAGCAGAAUUCUUAAGCUGGAAGAGACUUCAGAGUCCAACUCCCUGAUGCCUCGAAAGGUGAAGAAGUGGAUUUUGCCCACAAUCUCAUUAGCAACUGAGGGAGUGACGCCAGGUCAUGAAAAUGGGUCCGAGGGAAAACCUUGGAGCAAUGACUGACCCAUCAUUGGAGAGAGAUUUUUCACCUAAUGUGUGGGAAGGGCAGUUUGGAAGGGAGAAAACUUUGGACUUAGAGGUCCCUCAUUAUUUUCUGAACCCCAAUAUUACAGCGAGCCACCCAAUUAACUCUCCCCAGAUUAAAUUUGGCCCCUACAUGAAGAGAGAUAACCUAAUGGGGAAUGGGCUUUUUGAGCAGGUAGUGUGAGUCCUCCUUUGCUGGAGGUCAUCUGUGGCCAAAUAUUGGGGGAUAUUGUUUCAGGGAUUCAUACUUCAUGUACAGGUUAAUCUUGGAGAGAGAGGUUCUCUUGAGUUCCCUUCUAGCUUAAAGGUUUUGUGAUCCUGUCUCCUGGCUUCCUUUCCAGGCUCCCCAGCGCUCCCCUCAGCUCCUCACCAACAGGGGUGAUAGAACAGGGGAGGACUUCAGAACCCCAAAGAAACAGGAGUUCAGAGGAGGGAGGCUCGUGACUUUCCUAGCUGGUUCCCUAAGUCCCCUCCCCUUUCCUAGCACUAUCACUGACUUUGGAAAGCAAGACCACUAGAAGGCUGUUUUUGGAGUCU